AUGCCUUUUAAAGCAUUUGAUACCUUCAAAGAAAAAAUUUUGAAACCUGGAAAGGAAGGAGUGAAGAAUGCUGUGGGAGAUUCGUUGGGGAUUUUACAAAGGAAAAUCGAUGGGACCAGUGAGGAAGAAGAUAACAUUGAGCUGAAUGAAGAACGAAGGCCAGUGCAGACGUCCAGGCAGAGCCCCCCACUCUGUGACUGCCACUGCUGUGGCCUCCCCAAGCGCUACAUCAUUGCCAUCAUGAGCGGGCUGGGAUUCUGCAUUUCCUUUGGGAUUCGGUGCAACCUUGGAGUUGCCAUUGUGGAAAUGGUCAACAACAACACUAUAUAUGUUGAUGGAAAACCUGAAAUUCAGACAGCACAAUUUAACUGGGAUCCAGAGACGGUGGGCCUUAUCCAUGGAUCUUUUUUCUGGGGUUAUAUUGUGACACAAAUUCCAGGUGGUUUCAUUUCAAAUAAGUUUGCUGCUAACAGGGUCUUUGGAGCCGCCAUCUUCUUAACAUCGACCUUGAACAUGUUCAUUCCUUCUGCAGCCAGAGUACAUUACGGAUGUGUCAUGUGUGUCAGAAUUUUGCAAGGUCUAGUGGAGGGUGUGACCUACCCAGCCUGCCAUGGGAUGUGGAGUAAGUGGGCACCGCCUUUGGAGCGAAGCCGACUGGCCACAACUUCUUUUUGUGGUUCCUACGCGGGGGCAGUGAUUGCCAUGCCGCUGGCCGGCGUGUUGGUACAGUACAUGGGAUGGGCCUCUGUCUUUUAUAUUUAUGGUAUGUUUGGGAUUAUUUGGUACAUGUUUUGGCUGUUGCAGGCCUAUGAGUGUCCAGCAGUUCACCCAACAAUAUCCCAUGAGGAAAGGACCUAUAUAGAGACAAGUAUAGGAGAAGGAGCCAACUUGGUUAGUCUCAGUAAAUUUAAUACACCAUGGAAAAGAUUUUUUACAUCGUUGCCGGUUUACGCAAUCAUUGUGGCAAAUUUUUGCAGAAGCUGGACCUUUUACUUGCUGUUAAUAAGUCAGCCUGCUUAUUUUGAAGAGGUCUUUGGAUUUGCAAUAAGUAAGGUGGGUCUCUUGUCAGCAGUCCCACACAUGGUUAUGACAAUCAUUGUGCCUAUUGGAGGACAAUUGGCUGAUUAUUUAAGAAGCAGAAAAAUUUUGACCACAACUGCUGUCAGAAAAAUCAUGAACUGUGGAGGUUUUGGCAUGGAGGCAACCUUACUCCUUGUGGUUGGCUUUUCCCAUACCAAAGGGGUGGCUAUCUCCUUUCUGGUGCUUGCCGUAGGAUUUAGUGGUUUUGCUAUUUCAGGUUUUAAUGUCAACCACUUGGACAUUGCCCCCCGCUAUGCCAGCAUUCUCAUGGGGAUCUCAAACGGAGUGGGAACCCUCUCUGGAAUGGUCUGUCCCCUCAUUGUGGGCGCGAUGACCAAGCACAAGAGCCGUGAGGAAUGGCAGAAUGUGUUCCUCAUAGCCGCCCUGGUGCACUACAGUGGCGUGAUCUUCUAUGGGGUCUUUGCUUCUGGGGAGAAACAGGAGUGGGCUGACCCUGAGAACCUUUCUGAGGAGAAGUGCGGAAUCAUUGACAGAGAUGAAUUAGCCGAGGAGAUAGAACUCAACCAUGAGAGUUUCACAAGUCCCAGAAAGAAGACGUCAUAUGGAGCCACCACCCAGAAUUGGGAAGUCCAGAGGAAGGAAUGGAGAGGACAGAGAGGGGUGACUCUUGAUGAGGAAGAGCUGACGUCCUACCAGAAUGAAGAGGGAAACUUCUCAGAUACAUCCUAA